AACCCAAACAACUCCAUAGUGUUGGAAAGACAAGGCGGGGCAACAAAACCAAACCCUUCCAAGCAACUCUUCAGAUAAAAAAUGGAGCAAGAGGUGAUUCAAGCGGAGCUGGUGUUGCCGAGCAAGCUGAGCUUCAAGAGGGUUCAGAUGAAUGAGAAGUACCCAAAAGGCCAACCCAGAGGGAGAUGGAAGCAUCUCAAGCAGAUCAUUCAGGCUGAGAAUUACCAGAAUUACCCUCCUGAUGAACCCAAUUAUGUUAAUAUAGAGUCACCACCAUCUAUGCAUCCAUGCAAGAGAAUUUGUGAUAUAACAGGAUAUGAGGCACCUUACUACGAUCCAAGGACCAACCUGCGUUACGCCAAUGCAGAAAUCUUCAAGCAAAUAAGAUCCCUUCCCAAUGAAUAUGUUCAAAGAUACCUGGCCCUCAGAAAUGCUGCUGUGGUUUUGAGGUAGAAUCCCUUAUUUUUCAGCCGCAGAAGGCAUCAGAACUCACAUUCCCUAAGUUUGAAACAAGUGGCGCAUGCAUAUGUUGUCAAAGUAUUGGAUAUGUAAAAAUAGUAUUCAAGUUGCGCAUGCAUAUGUUGUUGUACGCAUCUUACUUGCUGAGAGGAGUACCUCCUGACAGAAGCAAGUGGCCCAUAUAAAAGCAUUCAUGAUUUGCAGUGAAGUCAUCUGUUGCGCACACUCAAUGCCAAUAAUAAUAAUUCACCAUAGAUGUCUCUUUUUUACUUUUAUGUUA